AUGGUCGGCGGCCUGAUCCUGGGUCCGGUGACGAGGAACAUCGGCUACCGGCGUUCGGUGGUCGGGUGCGACGCGGUCGUGUUGAUCGGCUGGCUGUUGAUGUCACAGGUGAACUUGGCGCCCGUCUGGGCCAUCCGGUUCGCGCACGGCAUCGGUACCGGAGGACUGGGUCUGCUGAUACCCACGUACAUCGCGCACAUCACCGACUUCCGCAUCCGGGGUCGGGCGUUGGUCUUCCAUCACGCGUUCGUGUGUUUCGGCGUGUUCUUCGCGCACUCGUUCAGCGCCAUCGUCACUAACUACCAGCUGACGGGCGUCUGUAUGGUAUGGCCUGCCCUGCACAUUUUCGUCUCAGUCUUCAUGCCCGAAUCGCCUUUGUACGCGUACAAGUGCCAAGGCGAUUCCGACCUCGUGAGAACGGCCAUACGUCACGCCAAAGGCGCUGACUACGACGUGGACUCAGACUGCAUGGCGCUCGAGAGAUACGUGUUCGAGUUCGAGUGCAUGAUCGACGACAACAGGAGCCGCCUGAUCCGUAAGAUGGUCGCUAUCGGGGCGAAACUCGUGGUGCUUCAGCAGACGUGCGGCGCGAGCGCGACGAUGUUUCACGCCAAAUCGGUUUUCGGCGGAUUUGGUCUGACCACGGAAAUUGCAGGCUACAGCGACGAACGCGUGUACAGCAACACGCAAACAAUCGUUACGAUCGUGUCCGCCGUUCAAGUCUUGCUGUGCCUCACCACGGUCGAGCUGGUUGAGUUUUUGGGCCGUAAGUUCAUGCUAAUUGCGUCGGCCAUCGGUAUGGGCACUUGUCUGGCUUUGCUAAUGCUAUACCAAUCAUUCUAUCCAACCACAGACAUCUGCACUUCGCCAAUCGAAUCGAACGAGUGGCACAAAUACGUGCCCGUCGUACUCGUAUGCAUGUACCUGUGCUCAUAUUCAAUUGGAUGGGGACCGGUCGUCCCGCUGGUCUACGCGGAAGUGGUUUAUUUCGACAAAUGGUUUUCAAGUUUGAUAUACGCCGGUGGCCAGUUCGUCUUGUUCCUGGUGGCGUACACGUUUUUUGACGCCAACGCUCUGUUGAGCUUCAACAAGUACGUGAUGUAUGAAUAUCAAGAAGUAAAAUUAGUGAAAAUCCGCGAGUACCAAUUGCCCGGUUUGGAACGUGCAGUAGUCAUCUACGUCCAAAAAAAAGAAAAUUUGGUUCAACAGGACAGGGAAGUGUUCAUUAGCCAUAGUAUGGACCGAGAUAAUAAUACGGAACUAUCCAAAACUAAGUUUUCACAGCUCCAAAAUAAUUUUGAAGACAUGGCAAUAGGGCAAGUAGAUUCAAAGAUUUCUAAGGCUAUGUCAAAAAAUCAAAUUUCCAAUAACGUCAAAACAACACAAAUUAACAGACCGAUCAAGUUUGAAAAACAAAUUAUGUCAUUAAAAAAAAAGGAAUAUCCUUCUAUGACAUUCCUCGAAGAACUAAAAGAACGCGUAAGUAAUUAUUUACCUAAAACAGCUGAGAAUUUAUAA